AUGACAGCCGAGAGCCGGCUGCCGCCGGGCCCCCCGCCGCUGCCGCCGCUGCCGCCGCUGCCCCCGCCGCUGAAGGCGGACGCUGCGCCGCAGGGGCAGGAGGCGGCGGCGGCGUUGGGGGCGCGGGGCGGCCGACGGCGGCGCAAGCGCCCUGCGGAGCGGGGCAAACCGCCCUACAGUUACAUCGCCCUCAUCGCUAUGGCCAUCGGGCAAGCGCCCGAGCGGCGACUGACGUUGGGAGGCAUCUAUCGCUUUAUCACCGAGCGCUUCCCUUUCUACCGCGAUAGCCCCCGCAAGUGGCAGAACAGCAUCCGUCACAACCUCACCCUCAACGACUGCUUCGUCAAGGUGCCGCGGGAGCCCGGCCGCCCUGGCAAGGGCAACUACUGGACGCUGGACCCUCACGCCCGCGACAUGUUCGAGAGCGGCUCCUUCCUCCGUCGCAGGAAGCGCUUCAAACGCAGCGAUCUCUCCACCUACCCGGCCUUCCUCGCCGAGCGCCCCGACGAGCCCUGCCGCCUCUUCCCGCUGUCCGCCCCGCCGCCCGCGGCCGACCUGCCCCCGGCACCCCCCGCUGCUUCAUGUUCCUUCGCCGCCGCCGCCGUUGCCUUCCCCCCGCAGAGCUGCGCCGCCGCCCUGCCGCACGGAUACGCCCCGCUGCCCCCCGGCCCCGCGCCUUACGCACCGGGAGGUCCCGGUCAGCUGUACACGCCGUCGGGGCGCAUCGUGCUGCCCGCCUCGCCGCCAGCCCCCGCCGGGCUCUACGGGCGCCGCUCUCCCGUGCCGUACCCGCCGCUGCCACACGUCUACGGAGCCGGCGGACAGCUGGGCGCCGCCGAUCCCGGGCAGCGGCACGGAGCUUACCCCGGCGGCCAAGACAGGUUCGUCCCGCCGCUCUGACGCAGCGCCGGAGAGGCCGGGCGGCCCGACGGCGGGUACCGGAGCCCGGGAGAGAGCCAGCUGCGGGGUUCGCCAGGCGCUGCUGGACCAGCGGCCCUCCGGGAAGAUGCUGGAAGACUUUGGUCUGCGGCUCUGCAUCAUGCCACCUGCCCGAGACUCCCGGCGAGGAGCGCUGCCGCCAGCCGUGCGGACCUGCGGGACCCUGCUCAGCCCUGUCUGCUCUCUCCAGAGAAGCCCUAGGGGCUCCCAAGUGCCUGGAUGGGGCAAACAGCCCUUUCCUUCUCUAUUGCCUUUUCUGGGGCAGGUGCCCAAUGCUUCCUGACAGGUUUUCACCCCUCCAGCACCCCUCCAGCUGGGCUCCCUGGUCUGUCCAAGAAGAUCUCACUUUUAACAACCUCCUCGCUGUUAAUGAUUUGAUUUACAGAACUAAAUGUCUGCUGUGGUGGGGGAUGAGGGAGGCAGGAGAAAGCAUUACCCAGCCUCGCAUAGCCAGAGUUAUAAAAGUGGGAUGUGUGACACUAAUGUGGCUGCUUGUCCCUCAUGGUGCACAAGGCUAUUGUGGUGAUGCCAGGCUUUGCACCAACAACCAACAGGACCAGGGCUGGGAAGGUUUGGGUGCUGGGGUUGCAGCCAAACACGGGAAGUAAAAUCCUGACGGGAGUCGUGCUCUGUGUUGUAGCAGUGGGAAAAGGUGGGACUGGAAGUAUAAAAACUUUUACUGUGAGCAUGUUCAGCCCCUGGAAGAGGGAGUCAGUGAGGUCCUGGGCUCUCUGUCCUUCAGGGUCUUCCCAACUUGAUUGCACAGAGCCUGAGUGACCUGACCUGUCUUUGGAGUUGGAUCCACCAUUGAACUUGGACCUGCUUUGAGUGGAGAUCUAGUCCAGAGGUCUGUGGAGGUCCGUAUAUCCUAAAUUACUUUGAUCUUAACAUCAGCGUAGCUCUGUAACCUAGCAAAAUCAGCACCCAGGGGGAAACCCUUCCUUCCUGAAAUGAGCAAGAGUGGCAGGACAUGGUGCCUUUUUAUCUUUGAUUGCUCCCUUGUCAAGGCAUAGCUGGAAAAAAGGCUAGAGGAAAACACGGAGAGGGAACCACUGAUAGGAACAGCUGUGAAGGGCUUGAAAAUAGAUCCAUGGGGAAACUCAUGAAAAUCCCCCUCAACAGAUCCUGCCACCCCUGAAAGUUUCCCAGUGAGACAGUGGAUGCCCUGGGCUCUGUCAGGGGCUGUGAGCGGAGAGGGGCAGAUAUAGUGCUGCUACCACCCAAAUCUCUUUAGACAGCUUCUUUUUCCUGUGGAGGUGGGACCAUGUGUGAUUGGGGCCAGGAGGAGGUUGGUGAGGGGUGAUCCAGAGUGGUGGGAGCAGCAAUGAAGAGAAGUGGGUGGAAAGUGCAGCCAGAGCCUCAGCAGGGGCUUUGGAAGAGCAGUGGGGGUGCACAUACACCAGGGUCUCUUCCCACCACAAAAGGGUACAGAUCAUAGUAUAACUUAGGCUGGGAGAGGCGUUGGGAAGCUUCUGUUCCAUGGUUGUGUUCAAAGGAUCGUCAGCUAUAACCUGUAGUUUGCUCAAGCCUGUUGAAGUGCGUCCUGAAAACCUCCAGGGUUGGAGACAGCACUGUUUCUUCAGGCAACCUGGCUGCCCUCAUGGGGGAGAAGUUUCUCCUUUUAUCCACUCAGCACCUCUCCAGUCUCUUUUCAUGUCCACUCUCUUGUCCUGCUGCUAUGCACUGCUACAGAGAGCUCCAAUCCCAUGAAGACACCUGUACUUUCUGCUCCAUGGAGAAUUUUUCACAUGAGCUCAUCAGCAGGAUGAAAUCUGUGUGGACGCAGGUUCUUCUCUGUGUGCUAUACUCCAGGUAUCCAAGUGGGACAUGAGAGGGAGGAAACAGAGUGGGGUGGGAAGGUGUUUGAGUGUUCCUGCAGAACAGUUUGGGGUAGAGGAGGCUAAAGCUCUCUGCAGUAGGUGAACAUGAGGAGUUGCCUUCCUUGGGAUUCUGAAGUAGGAAAUGAGUCUUGGAUUCAGGGCACCUACUCCUCUCUCAGAGAUAGGGACGGUACAUCCUGGGUGAGCUACCUUGUGGGCUGAGGCUGGGGCUGGGCUGGUGCUGCUGAUCCUGGUCCAUCUGGACCUUUUCUGUGGUACUGCAGGAAGCUGCAGCCUGUACACGG